UCGAACGAGUUUACUUCAUGGAUUAAUGAGCUGGGCUGCAGUCUUCACUUCAUUACACCAGAGAUGCACCAUGCCAAUGGCCAAGCAGAGCGUUACAUACGCACCAUCCUCAACAUGCUGCGGAUAGAGGUGAGUCACAGAAAUGCUUCAUGGUCUGAGACGUUAUGGAAGAUCCAACUGGUCUUAAACAUAACCAAACAAAAGACCACACAAGCCUCUGCUCUAAAUCUGAUGAUUGGCACUGACGCAACCACACCUAUCGUCCGUGCGUUAGUUCGCGACGUGGCGUUGUCCGAGUCCAGACCCAACCGUGAAGCACUACGAGAGGUGAGCCGCAGCCGCGCGAAGGAACUUAUGAGGAAAAACCAAGAACAGCAAGAAUCCUACGCUAACAAAAAUAGACGUGUUCCUCGAGUGUUUCAGGUAGAUGACAAGGUCUUCGUCAUCAAAUACUCACAGUCUACGGGUAAACUUGACCCCGGGAUGCGUGGGCCGUACAAGGUGAUCAAGAGUCUUCCCAACGGCCGCUACGAACUAAAAUUAUUGGGUGGUGGAUAUGGCAAAACUACCCAGGCGGCCGCGCAAUAUAUGGUGCCCUGGCGGGGAGAGUGGUGUCCGGAGACGUGUGCUGCGUUCUUCGACAACUGUGACGAUGGUGGUACACCAUCCUCUAUAACUGCCUUAGAUGAAGAGACCCAGCCUGAAAGCAUUGAUCAGGCCGGACCGAGCGGAAUUGCUGCUGUUGGACCUGCUGCAGAAGAAGAGGACGACUCAAACAAUAACAUCCCUGAAUCUAGACCAUGUGACAACACCCCAGGACUGUCCAUGCCUCUUCUAGACUAAAAGACGAUUUGACAAUUCGUUGAGGACAACGAAAAAUCAGGAGAGGCCGUAUUGGCCAAAUUCCCCACCUAAACAACAGGUAGCCUAACCGAUCUUAUAAAAGUCGGAGCAUACUACCAAACAGACUCACUUAUUGCCUGGUCGUCGUCGCGUGCGGAGCUCGGUUGGUUUACCUGUUGUUUCGUAAGUCUAUUUUUGUUUUGUUCGUUUCAUAUUUUUGUUAUUCUAAAUUUGUUAACUUCGUAAGUGUAAUUUAUUUUUGUGCAAGUGAACUGUCUCUGAAUA